GCCAUGUUGGAGGCACCGCUGAGCAGAAACUUCUCCCACAGCACAUUUGUGUUACGAGGGUUUCCCUCGCUGCAGAAACACCGCCGGCUGCUGGCGCUGCCAUUUAGCGCCUCCUACCUGUUGGUGCUGCUCGGAAACUCGCUGCUGGUGUACGUCGUCCGCAGCGUGGAGAGUCUGCACAGCCCCAUGUACCUCCUCAUUUGCACGCUCUGCUUUGUUGACAUGCUGGUUGUGACAACCAUCAUCCCCAACAUGCUCCUUGGCUUUCUGUUCAACUGGAAUGAGAUUUCAUUGGUCGGCUGCUUGACUCAAAUGUUCUUCACUCAUUUCAUGUCCUCAGUGGAGUCGACCCUGUUGCUGGCAAUGGCGCUGGACCGCUACGUCGCCAUCUGCCGGCCACUGCGCUACAAUGAAAUAAUUAACUCCUCCAUGCUGGUGAGGCUAGUGCUCUUCACGCUGGUGCGCAGCGUCUCCAUCAUGGCGACGCUCGUAGGUUUGGCAGGUUCUCUGCAGUUCUGUGGUUCCAACGUAAUCCAGCACUGCUACUGCGACCACAUGGCGCUGGUCAGCCUGGCAUGUGACAGCACAAGCAGGAGCGGUGCAGCUGGCCUUGCUGUCAUCAUCUGCUUUGUAGGACUUGACAUACCAAUUAUUUUCUUCUCUUAUAUGAAGAUACUGAGCGUGGUCUUGCGAUCAGCGGCAGCCGGUGAAGACCGCAGGAAAGCUUUUCACACCUGCAGCACUCACCUCAUUGUUAUGAUGUGUUUUUACCUGGUGGGCAGCAUCACCUUCCUCUCUCACAACCUGAACAUCCCCAUACCAACAGACAUCAACAAUUCCAUGGGACUCAUGUACAUCCUUUUCCCAGCAACAAUCAACCCUAUCAUCUACGGAGUACGAACCAAAGAAAUCCGCGUCAGUCUGAAAACCUCCUGCAAGACAUUUUGUCUGAAGUCUAACUGUUGGUGA